AUGACUAGCCUGAGUAACUUCAUUGACUUCUCGCCAACUUCGCUUCUGGUGGCGGUAAUUGCCAUUGCAUUCAACCCUAUCUUCUGGAAUGUUGCUGCUCGAGCAGGCAAGUUGUAUUUUACCCCACCCACAAAGUGGGACGCGUACUUUUGCAACUUAGCUAACGGUCAACCAGAAUACAACAGUCACAUAUUGACCCGCAUUUUUGGGGGACCAUACAAUGGCUGCUACUUUUUGGCUGUCGUGAUCUUCUCUCUGGGGAUCCUGCGUGACCAUAUUUACCAGCUCGCCCUCGAAGACCAGCCCUUCUAUGCACCAGUUUACCAGCCAAUUCUGGGUGGCAUUCUGUUCACCGUGGGGUCUGUCCUGGUCCUUUCUAGUAUGUGGGCUUUGGGUGUCACUGGAACUUACCUAGGCGAUUACUUCGGCAUUCUCAUGGAUGCCCCCGUCACCGGCUUUCCCUUCAACGUGACCAGCUCUCCCAUGUACUGGGGAAGCACCUUGAACUUCCUCGGUGUCGCACUUUACAAGGGCAAGGUGGCAGGGAUUCUGCUAACUGCCGAGGUCUUUGUGGUCUACUGGUUUGCAUUGAAGUGGGAAGACCCAUUCACUGCUGAGAUUUACGCCAAGCGCGAGCGCGAACGCUCUAAGAAGCAAGGCGGCAAGGCGCAGUAG